AUGCGAAAUGUUGGCCACAAUGACGGGAAGUGGCUCAAGAAAGGAGUACCUGCUCAUCGUGUCGGCUACAAUGUGUUGAACUUCGCUCCAUCUCACUUCUAGGACAAUAUGCGCUCACUGAAGGAGAGGUGCCUCGCCUUUUGGUGCAGUGGUAUAUUGUUCCUUCAUAG